AUGAACCGUGACAACCCAGUAUCACCGACUGUCGACACUGCUCCGCAAGACCCGGACAUCUUUGAUGACGAUAGCCUCCUCCGACCCGAAUUCCACAUCUCCAGCCUCUCGAAUACAGACCGCCCACCGUCAGCAAGCUCCAUUCAAGCCUCAACCCCACUGAUCAAGCGGAAACGGCGCUGGACAAUCGUUUCAAGCACCGUAGCACUCAUUGAUAUUCGAGUGAUCGCGACUCCUAGCAGAAAUCCUCUCGGCCACCUCGAGAAAGAUUUGACGAUAACUCUUCAUCACCCAAGAACAAGUCGCAAGCCAGAUUCACAAUCUCAGGAGGCCUUGUUUCACCUGCCGACGAAACUUAGCGGAUAUCGUACAGCUGAAAGCGCGAAGGAACCCAACACACCGCCACACUGA